UCUAGUCGCUCGCCAUGUCGUUCAUUAAGCUUCUGGGUAUAUUGUACCUAUCGGUAUAUGGGUCGGCGAAACCUUUGAAGGGUGCCUUUGCCCCUCGGCAAGUUGAGCCUCCUACAGGUUCUCCAGACGCUGUCUCUACCGCUUGUGGAGACAUCAUUGUCGCUGUAAACAAUGAUUAUACGCUAUUCCGUGCAUCACUGGUGUACGAGUGCUUGCAGAGUAUCCCCUUCAACCCAGCUGUCGCAAUACGCUUUCUCGACUAUUACAACAUGACGUUGCAAUUUCAAUCUACACUGGGAUAUCUCAAAGCGCCACCUGUGGGCUACCAACAACCACCAUUCGACGUCAACCAAGCCCUAGAAGAGAUCAAGCAGAACGUGACCGGGGCUGUUUACAAGAAUCAAUACGAGUUUGAAGCACAACUUCAGCUCCUGGUCCAUCAACUACGUGACACACAUGUCAUUCUAAAUGCGGGUGCUCUCUCGGCGUUCUCUUUUGUUGGCUCAUUUGGGCUUGUCAGUGCGUCCGUUGAUGGCAAACAAGCCCCGGAAGUUUAUCUUGACGAGGACUUGUACGAAGCUUGGGCAUUAGAGGAGUACAAAGCGUCACCUGUGACCCAUAUCAACGGCAUUGACGUGAUCGAAUAUCUGGAAAGCUUUGCCGAACAGAACUCUCAAGGCUUCUUAGAACCAAAUGCCGACUGGAACGGAAUUAUGGACAGCCCUGCAAUGGAUAUUCAGGGGUUCUCGAGUACAUUCCAAUCAGCGAAGCUUUACCCUGGGAACGAAGCCUUAUCCGAUGCGCUCAAUUUCACCCUCAAAAACGGUACCGUUGUCGAAUCCGUCUGGUGGGCACUCUGCGUCGGUUGCAGGGAGACAGGACCUAUUACCACUGGCGGCGAUUUCUAUAAUUACUUUGUCCUAGGAUUCUUGCCAGACAGCUACCGUGAAGGCGAGCAGUGGUGGCCAACCAUGGAAGACGAGGUUGUCCCUCCAACCAACGACAGCGACGAUGGUUUCAACUUUACAGCGAUACUGGAAAGCUAUUGCACAGAUGGAGCUACAUCAACCCAAAACUGGUGCAUGGACAGUUUUGGUGCAUACCCGAAUAACCCCAUGACCAUCCAAGCCCAUCUCCUUAGCAUACCCUCCUUCUUUCAAGACGCUGACGAUUCAUCCGAUUUUCGGGAAGCGAUCCACGACUUCAUCGGUAAUGCGUCACAAAACCAUGCUUCCCGUGUCAUCAUUGAUUUGCAACAAAAUUACGGAGGCACUGUUUUCCUUGCCUACGAUACCUUCAGGCAGUUUUUUCCGAAUCUCGAACCUAACGGUGCAAGUCGUCAACGCAGUCAAGAACUGAGCAAUAUCCUCGGUGAAGCUUAUACAGAGUGGUGGGAUCAGUCAGGUCACAAUCAACCUGAGAACUACUACUGGGCGUCGAACGAGUGGAUCGUUACUAAUCGGAUCAACGCCGCUACUGGAAAAGACUUUGCGUCUUGGAGCGAGUUCUACGGCCCAGAAACCAGCAAUGGUGAUAACUUCUCAGGCAGCCAACAAUACAAUUUGUCCGAUGCGGAUUUCAACUAUGCCGCAUUCGGAGACUAUCCAUUUGGAUACGACCCCGACGCUCCCAUCACCAACACUUCACCACCUUGGGCUCCUCAAGACAUUGUCAUCCUUACUGACGGCCUCUGCGCCUCAGCAUGUGCUGUCUUUGUCGAGUUCAUGACCUAUCAUGCCGGAGUCAAAACCAUUGUCGUUGGUGGUCAGCCUAAGCCCGGUCCUAUGCAAGCAGUCGGCGGCACUCGUGGCGCCGCCUCGUACUCUUCUGACGAUCUCGACUACGAUUUCGACUCAGGACUGCAGUAUCUACCCGUUGACAAGCCUGAGGUAAUUUCGCAACUGCCUAACCGAACGGAUACAGGGAUGUGGAUCAAUUACGCCGGUUUCACAAUCCGGAAUCAAGUGCGCGGCACAGAAUUAACGCCGCUGCAGUUCCAAUAUCAGGCUGCCGAUUGUCGUAUCUAUUACACGCUUGAGACGGUCUACAACAUGACGCAACUUUGGAGCUACACCGCUCGUGCAGCGUGGGACGACCCGACUCUUUGUGUUCAAGAUUCAACAGGAUAUCCAACGGCCCGUAACGAGACGUCUGCCAAACUGCCUCCAUCAGCUACGCCAGCCGCACCCGCAGUUUACGAUUUCUCGCCGUCGCCAUUUGCUGACAACGCAACCUUUGAACUUCUCGACGGUCCUAGCAACAGAAGAUCUGCUGGUGAGAUCACGCUCUGCAACAGCAGUUGCCAGUGUCGUGACAUGGAGGUGACAUGCUCCGGCCGAACGAAGAUUGUCUCUGCUUGUCUCCCAUCAUGCAUAGCUGCUUCGAACGAUCCAGCCGGUGAUUGUAAAGGAAAGGGCUACUUUUGCUCUACGAUUGGGGUCCUGCAAUCGAAAUAUAACGAAAAGGCUACGUCUAGGGGUACUAACGUUGUGACAUACUACGGUGUCUGCACACUGUAG